AUGCUACCUGGCAUAGGUGUGUUUGGGACGGGAUCAGUGGCGAAAGUUUUAGUGCCGUUUUUAAGAGAAAAAGGAUUUCCAGUGGAAGCAAUAUGGGGUGUAACAAUUCAAGAAGCCGAAAGUACAUCAAAAGAGCUUAAAAUCCCCUUUUUCACAAAUAAAAUAGAUGAUGUUUUAUUGAAAAAGAAUGUAAGCCUCGUAUUUAUUGUUUGUGCGCCUAAUUUACAUGCACAAAUAUCUGUGAAAGCACUUGGGAUAGGAAAACAUGUUGUAUGUGAUAAGCCUGCUGGACUUUGUCAAGCAGAAGCACUAAAAAUGGUCCGAGCAGCUCAGUAUUAUCCUACUUUAAUAUCUAUAAUCAAUCACUCCCUGAGAUUUCUUCCAGCAUUUAGCCAUAUGAGAAAAAGUAUUGUUGAUGGUUAUCUAGGUAACCCAAAUGAGCUAACACUUAUUGAUGUAAGAGUACAAAUGGGAUCUUUACUUGGUGAAACCUAUAAUUGGUUAUGUGAUGACACUAUGGGUGGUGGCACUCUUACAUUGGUUGGCAGUCAUGUCAUAGACCUAGUUUCUUAUCUUAGUGGUCAAAAAGUUAUGAAAGUGCAUGGUGUUUUAAGAACAUUUGUAGAAGAGACAGCAAAAGUAAAUGGUAUUAGAAGAAUUACUGCACCAGAUUUUUGUACAUUUCAAUUACAAAUGGAAAAAGGCUUACUGGUGACAGCAACACUAAAUAAUCAUUUACCAGGCCCAUGUUUUAAUCAAGAAAUUUAUGUAUAUAGUAAAAAAGGUUAUCUUGUAGUUAGAGGGGGAGACUUACAUGGAAAAUUGCAUAAGACAAAUGCAAAAAAUAUAGAAGAAGAUAGUAAAAGAAAUCAUGACAAAGAAGAAGUCAUUUAUGUAGAUAUUGAAGACCUUAGUUGUGCAUCAAGUGUAAUUCCCAAGCCUUAUAUAAAAGGACUUUGUAAAAUGAUUAGUGCACUUAAAGAAGCGUUCUUGCCUGUUAAAGAACAAAUGGAUUGGAUAAAAGAACCAGUAAGAGCUGCAGCUACCUUUGAGGAUGGUCAGAGAGUUCAAGCAACAAUGGAAGCUUUAAGACAAUCAAGUGAAGAUGGUUGUUGGAAAACGGUACAGCUUUUGACAGAACCACCAGAUCCAAACCCAGCUUUAUCUGCAGCAGUUCGACGUACAGCCAUAUCGUUACAA